GUCUUCCUCACCCACCCCCUUUCUCUCCGUCUCCCUCGUCCCUACACCUCCAGUCUGCUUCUGUUGUCUCGGCGGAUUGUUGGGCUUGUGGGAGAGAAAGGAUAUCGCGAGUAUUGGAGUUUUGGUGAGAGUUUGUUGAAGAUGGCGCCUGUUGUGACAGGGAAGUUCGGGGAGCGCCCUCAGCCACAGCGCCUAACAAGAGAAGCGAUGAGGAAUUACCUGAAGGAGCGAGGUGACCAAACUGUCAUGAUCCUGCACGCAAAAGUUGCACAGAAAUCCUACGGCAAUGAGAAAAGGUUUUUCUGCCCUCCUCCCUGUGUUUACCUGAUGGGCAGUGGCUGGAAGAAAAAGAAGGAGCAGAUGGAACGAGACGGCUGCUCCGAGCAGGAGUCGCAGCCCUGCGCCUUCAUUGGCAUCGGAAACAGCGACCAAGAAAUGCAGCAGCUGAACUUAGAGGGAAAGAAUUAUUGCACAGCCAAAACCUUGUACAUAUCCGACUCCGACAAGAGAAAGCACUUCAUGCUGUCCGUCAAGAUGUUCUACGGCAACAGCGCCGACAUCGGCGUCUUCCUCAGCAAGAGGAUCAAAGUCAUCUCCAAGCCUUCAAAAAAGAAGCAGUCCCUCAAAAACGCAGACUUGUGUAUCGCAUCAGGGACCAAGGUGGCGCUCUUCAACCGGCUUCGGUCCCAAACGGUCAGCACACGCUACCUCCACGUGGAGGGCGGCAACUUUCACGCCAGCUCCCAGCAGUGGGGCGCCUUCUACAUCCACCUGUUGGAUGACGAGGAGUCAGAAGGAGAGGAGUUCACUGUGAGAGACGGUUACAUCCACUACGGUCAGACAGUCAAGCUGGUGUGCUCGGUCACGGGCAUGGCGCUUCCCAGACUGAUAAUCCGUAAAGUGGACAAGCAGACGGCGCUGCUGGACGCCGACGACCCAGUCUCCCAGCUACACAAGUGUGCCUUCUACCUGAAGGACACGGAACGCAUGUACCUGUGCCUUUCCCAAGAAAGGAUCAUCCAGUUUCAAGCCACUCCAUGCCCAAAGGAACCAAACAAGGAGAUGAUCAACGACGGCGCCUCCUGGACAAUCAUCAGCACAGACAAGGCCGAAUACACUUUCUACGAGGGCAUGGGCCCUGUGCACUCACCUGUCACCCCUGUGCCUGUGGUAGAGAGCUUACAGCUUAACGGCGGUGGAGAUGUCGCCAUGUUGGAGCUGACGGGACAGAACUUCACUCCAAAUCUGCGGGUCUGGUUCGGAGACGUUGAGGCAGAGACGAUGUACAGGUGUGCGGAGAGCAUGCUGUGCGUAGUGCCCGACAUUUCGGCUUUCCGCGAGGGCUGGCGCUGGGUGCGGCAGCCGGUCCAGGUGCCCGUCACGCUGGUUAGGAAUGACGGCCUCAUCUACUCCACCACACUGACCUUCACUUACACGCCGGAGCCAGGGCCGCGGCCCCACUGCAGCGCCGCCGGAGCCAUCCUGCGGGCCGGAAACUCCAGCCUGCUCAGCAACAGCAGCAGCCAGGACGCUGGCUCUGGCGUCUACGGCCCCAACAGCACCUCCAACGCGGGAGUCACGUCCUCGUCCUCCACCGCCGCGGCCGCUGUGGUCUCCUAACGCACACCGGGGGGGGCCACAACACAAUAUGCCUUGAGAGGAAACGUAUCACAAGGCGUAUAAAGACUAUGGGAAAUUAUAAACAAAAAAAAAACUGACUCACUCUUUAAGUGCUGCGUUUGGAUUUUGGAUACAAAGGAGCUGAAAUUGGCAGGAGAAGGGAGCAAACGCAGGGAAAUAUCUGAAGGAGGAGCAACAUUACAACGUUUUCAGCAAAUGGGAAUACGCGGAAGAAAAAAAAAGUGCUCCUUGCCACGCUCCCCUCCCGUGGUUACUUUAGGGACCUGCCUUUCCAGUUUGUGGUGCUUAGAAUGAGAGAAGUUCCUGCAGGCUCAGAGUACCAGCACCUUUCUACGGGGGGGGAAAAAAAACCACAACAACAAUACAUCCAUUGUGUACAAAAUAUUCUCUUGAGAGGAAAAGUAUAUUUUUUGCACCGCCCAAAGCCCCUCCCACUUUUUGUUUAUAAAUAUUUCUUUUUUUUUUUUUUUUUUUUUUGCCUUCUUUUGUGGUUCCCUAAAGGGCGGCUGGAUGUAAUGUUGUUGGAGGGAGCGCAAGGAUGCAGAGGGACACACAGAAAACAUGACGAUGAAAUAGUUUUUAUGGACCAAGGAUCUUGUAUAAGCUUUAGUAAAGGUACAUUUUUCUCCAUACCUUUUUUGUAUUAAACAUAUAGUACACUUUUGUUACCAAAUAGUUUCUAUUCUUCCUCUGAGCCCGGGCUUUGUUUCCCCCCUUUUUCAAGGUCCAAAAAACCCGGCCUGUAUGUUAUUGUGACCUUACAAAACGCCUGCUUUUUCAGUCUUUGGACUGACCUUUUUGUUGUUUUGAUACUCUUUGCUUCUUCUCUUGGGGAAAAAAAAUCUGAAGUCUGGGUUGUUUAUUUACAUCAGCAAAGUUGUUUUUUUUUUGUUUUUUUUUUAAAUGGGGAUUAACCUCAGAGGGCCUAUGUUUUGUUAUUGGUUUUUUUAUGAAGUCUUUAAAAAGAAAAGCUUUAAGCAACGCCUCUGCCUUGCCUGCAAUACUCAACAUGUGCGCUACGUCUCCUUAUACACAUCAGUACAUCUCACACGGAGCCAUAGCAACGUUUGCAGAAAACGUCAGAAAGUAGACUUCCACGGUUACAAAAACAAGUCAUCUUUAAUGUACUUCAAAGAUAGCCUUAGUACUGUUUAUUCUUACUGUGCACACAGUCAGAAGGGUCACAUAUCUACAGUCAUAUCCUGUAAUCUGUCGCUCUAUUGGUCACUGUUAACGCAUCAGAUAACGUCGGGAAACCUAGCGAGGUGUCUUCCAAGUGUGUGCUGUACUUCUUCUGGCAUUUAACUCCAAAAAGACUUUUCAAUUUGAUGUGGCCUUACUGAUAACUUUAAUUACUACAAAAAAAAACAACAUCCUUCAUGCUCUCUUAUCUGCUGUUUACUCACCAUGGAAGAACCUGUGCAUAGCACAAAAACAAAAAACAAACGCCUCGCUUCCUAUCACAGGAGCUCUGCUGUUCCCCGAGCUCAUCGCUGCAGCUUCACUCUAAAGCAGCCUUCUGAAGGACAUCUACGCCUUCUUUUGAUGGUGUACAAGUACAACUACACCCGUCUUUUUUUAUUAUUAUUCUCAUGCGGUGCCCAGCACCUUUUCACUUUUGGUACAACGUCUCACGAGCGCCGUAAAAGCUCUUUUCAGCCUUCUUUUUUAAGAAAACAAACAAAAAAAAAAUCUCCUGUAGUUUUAUUAUCUUUGCAGAAAAAAAAAACAAACAAAGCAUGUGUUCAUUGUUAAACUCGCUGUCCGAGUUAGUUGCACUCAUUCGUAUCCAUGGCGACUGCUGCGUGUCCUGCAGGAGCAUAAAGGCCUUUAAAUGUGUAUUGUCGAGGAUGUGCGUUUCCCAAACAUAACAGCAAUAUUGUACAUGUCAUUUCAUUGUCUUAGUCCGCCUGAGCACUAGUUCACCAGCCAGCAAAUCUGUAUGUGUGUGCGUGUGAGUGUGUGUGUGUGCGUGUGUGUAUGAGUGUAUGAGUGUCAUAUGUAGUUGCUGUAAUGGAAUGAGUCAGACUCGCUCCAUUUUAAAGAGUGCUCUCCAAAAACAAAGAAAAACCUUGAGAUUCUUCCGGGGGUUUUCUGUCUUCCACCACGAUCCAAAAUGUCUGAUGAUUUUGGAUAAACAUUUUAAGGCAAUACUUGUGAAUUUUGAAGUAUUACAGUACGACUGUAUACACAACCGGCAAAACAAAAUGAACAACGAGACUGUAACUUGAAUGUCUGCUGAAAAUGAAGUAUUUUCUUCUUCCAAACAAAAAAACCCUUGAAAUAGGAACAAAAAAGGAUUCGCUUGCACCCUACCAAUGUAAAAGAAAUAGAUUAAGUUAUGCCCCCUUUACACUACCCUCGCCCACCUGUCAGUCAUUAAUGUUAAAUGUUUUAUAUUGUAAAAUUGAUAUUUUUUAAAUUAUUGGUACAAAGUCUCCCCCUUGUCUUACGUCAAAAGAAAAAAAAAAAAAGAAGAAAA